AUGGCUGCUCGUCGAUCCCAUCGCGAGGACGAUGUACAAACGCCCCAUGAUGAACCUACUUACAUCAACGACCCCGAAACCACUAAGAAGCCGAUUACUGCGGACGAGGCAAUGGAAAUUGCCAUUGGAGAAAGCAAUGCGGUUGAGUAUACAAUCGAUUCGGACAAUUCUCCUUACCUCGAAGUCCGGGCCAAUGUUCCAAAUACGGAUGACCCUAGCCUGCCCGUCAAUACAUUGCGCAUGUGGUUCCUCGGCGUAGUAUUCACUCUGGUCGGAACAGGUAUCAAUCAGUUUUUCUCAAUGCGGUAUCCUAGUGUGACCAUCACUUCAUUGGUUGCCCAGUUGGUGAGCUAUCCCAUCGGGUGUUUCGUCGCCAAAGCACUCCCUAUAAAAACCGUGCGCAUACUUGGCCGCUGGGAUUUUGUCAUCAACCCCGACCACUAUUUCAACAUCAAGGAGCAUGCAGUUAUUACAAUUAUGUCGAACUUGAGUUUCGGCCAGUCUUGGGCGAGCGCUAUCAUCCAGGCACAGAAAGUGUUCCUAGGGAUGUCUACUCCGGUGGGCUACCAGAUCCUGCUAUCUCUUUCAAUGCAAAUGUUCGGACUUGGCUUGGCCGGGUUGGCCUACAAAUACAUUGUUGAGCCACCACAGAUGAUAUGGCCAUCCACUCUGGCAAACGCUGCAUUAUUUGAAACUCUGCAUAGUGAGACCAAUCCCAUUGCAAAUGGUUGGAGAAUCUCUCGUUAUAAGUUUUUCUUAUAUAUUUUCGUUGGUGGGUUCUGUUGGUACUGGCUUCCGGGCUUCAUCUUUACUGGGUUGAGCACAUUUGCUUUUAUUUGCUGGGCUGCUCCACACAACAAGGUCCUCAAUAACCUCUUUGGAAUGACUACCGGCCUUGGAUACCUGCCGACGACCUUUGAUUGGAGUCAAAUCGCGUACAAUCAGUCGCCGCUUGUGAUACCUUUCUGGGCCCAGGCAAACGUCUUUGCAGGAUGGUUUUGCAUAUAUGCAGUUGUGGCCCCUAUAAUCUAUUACACCAACACUUGGUUCACAGCCUAUCUUCCCCUAACUAGCUCUGAUGCUUAUGACAAUACCGGGAAUCUCUACAAUUCCUCCAAAAUCCUGGAUUCCACUGGCGCUAUUGACGAAGAGAUGUACAAGGCCUACAGUCCAAUCUAUCUUCCCGCGACCUUCGCUAUGUGCUACGGGGUCGGGUUUGCAGUCCUCAGCUGCCUUAUUACCCACGUGCUUUUAUACCAUACGAAGGACAUUAUCAGCACAUUUAAGGGGGCAAACAAGAAGGAUAUUCAUGCCAGACUCAUUUCUCGGUACCCAGAUGCCCCUUGGUGGUGGUAUGGGAUUAUGACGAUCCUCGUUGUUAUUGUGGCUAUCAUUACACAGUAUAUAUGGAAGACUGGGCUUCCUUUCUGGGGAGUGUUACUUACACUCGCUUUGGCUGCAAUCUACGUCAUUCCAGUUGGCAUAGUUUUUGCUGUGGCGAAUCUCAACAGCAACGUACUGACUGUUCUCGGGGAAAUUAUUUCGGGUUACGUGCUGAAGGGUAGGCCACUCGUUUUGCUGAUCUUCAAGUUCUAUGCAUACACUGGAAUCAGUCAGGCUAUGAUCUAUAGUGCAGAUAUGAAGCUCGCGUUAUAUAUGAAGAUUCCUCGUCGAACAUUAUUCACGGCACAGUUAAUCGCUUGUAUCUUAGGCAGUUUGACACAAAAUGGAGUCCUUUUGUGGAUGCUUGGCAACGUGAAAGAUGUUUGUUCAAGUGACCAGUCUGACAAUUUCACGUGUCCUCAAGGUCGGGUCAACUACAAUAGUGCGAUCUUCUGGGGAGCUAUUGGUCCAUCACGACUGUACAACUUUGGCAAGAUGUACUCAGGCCUUUUACACAUGUUCUGGAUAGGCGCGGCUCUCCCACUCCUAACGUUUUUCUUGCGAAAGAAAUGGCCCAACUCAAAGCUCCUUAGCGCCAUCCAUUGGCCGAUCUUCUUUGCAGGGACCGGCAACCUACCACCAGCAACUGGUAUCAAUUACUCGUCUGCUUUCGUAUAUCUGAAAAGCCGCAAACCGCAAUGGUGGGCCAAGUACAAUUAUGUUCUAUCCGCCGCACUCGACUCUGGAGUGGCUGUCUCGGCAAUUGUGAUCUUUUUCACUUUAGUCUUACCAAGAGUUUCCCUUAGCUGGUGGGGAAACACCGUCAAUAGUGGCACUGUGGAUGCGCAAGGUAUUCCAUGGAAGGAGUUGGGAGUAAACGAAACUUUUGGACCAAAAACCUGGUCCUGA